ACCCCAAAAAAGGGGGUAAAAAAAAACCUUUUCUUCUCCCCCAUUCAAUCAAACCGAACAAGGAGGGAUCACGGUCUACAGCCUCCUGUGUCUUGUACAAAGUCCGCAAUUCGAAGGGAAGAGGACGUGGGGGGAGACCUUUCUUUCUCCGCCAGCUCCAGGUCUUGAUCCCAAAAAAAAAAAAAAAACGAAUCUGAAGUUACGGAGUAGUGGUAAUUAGUGAUGAAUUUUUCUGCUCCAUCUGUCGUUCCGCCCCACAAUUCCUAACCCCAAUAUGUUCAAUCCUCCCUGCAAUCCGCUGCCCGAUCUCUCAACAGCUCUCUCAUCCCUUAACCACCUCAUUCAUCUCUCACACACCACCUUUCCCUCUCUCCCCUCUCUCUUGCGAUCGCACUCUCAAAACCCUAACCCCAAUCUCGUACCAUGCCCUUUCAACUAUCACCACCUCAUGCCUCCUGAGUUCCUCUUUCUUCACUACCUCCGUUGCCCUUCCUCUCCCCACUCUCUUCCUAAUCUCGACGAUCUCCUUCAUUCUCUAUCUUACCCCAAAACCCUCGACUUCAAUGUUCAUUCCCGCCAACAAACUCUGCAUGAUCCUCACGCUGAACUCUUAUUCUCUUUGGAGGAUUACCUCGACUUUGGUUUCAAUUUCUUUUACCAUGAUUGCCCUAGUGUUGUUACUUCGUCCGACGUGGAUGCUAUGAAGAGAACAUUUACGCUUCCUGGUAUAUUAUCAACUGAAUGCGUUGAUUUUGUUGGGGCUGGUGAUAUAGAGAUUACUGAGCAAAAGCAUUUGGGAAUUCUUCCCUCCGAGUACUGGACUCUCAACAAAGAGGUCGAAGCUUGGAAUGAUUAUCCUACUACAUACUCGUGUGGUGUUCUUCGUGCGAUUGUUGGUAUAGGAAUUGCUAAGGAAUGUGAUUUCAUGAGAUGGAUACUGGCAAAUUCGCCUGGAUAUGGUGUCGUGAUUGAUAUGGCUAUGCGAGAGCAUAUAUUUUUACUGUUAAGUUUAUGUUUGAAGUCGAUUCUCAGAGAAGCUUUAAAUACGUUGGAUGCGUUGAACCAUAAUCUUUUGGAGUUAAAUUGGGCGAGUAUGAGCUCUGAGUGUCCCAUUUUGGUUCGGUCAUUGACAUGGUUAACAUCAGAAAUUUCAAUUUUGUAUGGUUCAACAAAGGGAAAGCUAUUUGUUCUUAAUUUGUUUAAGAUGUGUAUUUUAGACGGUGCAUCAGCUCUGUUAUUGUUUUCCUUUAGGAAAGCUGACAUUGAAACCCCCCCAUUAAAAGAAAAGUUCCAGAAUGAAAAUAUUGCCUCCAUGGAAAUGAAGGACAUAAAAUUUGACAUUCUGCAAGAAGGAAAUACGCACUUUGGGCAGAAAAAAAUUUUGGGUGAAACUGUUUGUUGCCGUAAGGUCUCCGUGUCCCAAGUUGCAGCAGCUAUUGCAGCAUUACAUGAGCGAUCUUUGUUUGAAGAUAAAAUUAAGAGACUGCGGUUCUCUCAGCAACCAAACAAAUUUCAGCUGGUUGCUGAGCAUUGUUAUUUGACUGAGAAAGCAAGUGAGGAGAGGAAGAAGAGGCCUGAUUAUAGAGCUAUAAUUGAUUAUGACGGGCUUCCACAGCAGCAAUCAUCUAACAUGGAAACAAAUGGAGUGAAGACACGGGAGGAGUUACUGGCUGAAGAAAGGGACUACAAACGUAGAAGAAUGUCUUAUCGAGGCAAGAAGAUGAAGAGAUCAACUGUGCAGGUGAUGAGGGAUAUAAUAGAGGAAUACAUGGAAGAAAUCAAGCAGGCGGGAGGUUUUGGGAACCCUAUGAAGGAAUCUGAUGAGAGUGGGAUGUUGCCUUCGAAAUCUCUUUCUUGCUUUGACAGAGAUAUUGAAGCAAAGAUUCUAAGAGAAGGCCGUCAUGAAUCAUCUGCAGCAACUGCUUGUAAUCCAAGUCAUUAUGAGCUGAAAUCACGAACUAACUAUUAUAACAAAAACAAAGCUAUCGAGGUCCUAGAGGAUGCCUCUCCUAGAGAUUAUGAACAACCUAGACAAGGACAUGGAUAUAUAGAAGAUCAUUGGAAUACUGUACAUGCACGUUAUGGUAGAAAACAUGCUUCUAGAAGCCCUGAAGGACCCAAAAGUUAUGGCCCACCAAAUGACAGUAUCAGUCGUCAUAGAAAACAAGAUUGUUCAAGUAGAAAAAAGCAUGAUCAGAAGUCAAGAUCCAGAGAUAGGUGGCAAAGGAACUUACACAGGAAUAAUGAUAGCGAUUCUCCCUUGAAAAGUGCAUUUGAAGAUCGAUAUGACCCUUCAGAAUCUCUUGAUGUCUAUGAAGAUAAUGUCUCCUCUGGUACGAAAUGAUAUACGCUGGUGACAGCCGCCAUCAUUUAUAAUGUCUUUACAGAACUCUGAAGGGACAGCUUCAGAAGCAGUUCUGCUUUUUGAUGCAGUUAUGUGCAUAACAUUGCAGUAAGAAGUUAUCUGGAUUCAGCAUAUGACUGUAUCCUCCUUUGUAUCCUUAACUGUGAAUUUUGUUCAUUUAAGCAAAUUUUGCUCUGGUUUAUCGUUUUGUUUAUUAUGGUUGUGAUUUUUUUCAUAGAGGAAAGCAAUAAAAAAAAACAAAGAAAAAAAGUUGGCAAUUAUAGCAACAACCUAUCACCAUGCAAUGAAUGUACAUUGAAAUUUGCAAGAUCAGUGGUGUCUUUUAGUUCAAUCCAUGAUUGUUUUACUUCACCUGAAUGUGCACACAAAGAGAAUCAGUUAUGUAUUUUCUUGACGAAUCAUCUUAGACAGAAGUUGUAUUUUUAUUUUUAUUUUUUUGGUGCUGACAUGCUUUGCUUUAGAUAUUGAACACCUGAACUUCUGAAAGAGCAAAGACGUGCGUUCCUCAUUUUGUUGCUAUAGAUAUUGAUAUGCAAUAGGAAUAGUGGGCACCUGUAAAAUCUGUCAUAUUUUGGGUGCCUUAACUAGCAAUAAUUGAAAAUAAAUUGUACUUGCCACUUUUCGCAUAUUUUCUUAUCAACAUUAGCUUGCCCGCAUUUUCCCUUCCACAUGACAUGGCGUUAGACUACACUUGUUUGAUGCAUGCAAAAAGGCUGGUCGUGCUUUCUUUGUGACCCAGCUACGAUUUCAUUGCAACAAAAUGAAUUUGAAAUGAAGCUUGUGUUCCAACACUACCGGAGAAUGAGAUUGCAUUCCUUGAAGUGUCUCUACUACUUUCUUUUGCAUUGAUUUCUGACUUGCUAGAGCUACAGGAGAAUUUCCGGUGGGUUAACUUGGUCAAUUGUUUAGUUCAUUGUAGACAGCCGGAAAUGGAGCUGGUGUUACUGAUUGUAUAAUAGAAGAGUUAGGAUAAAAUGCGUGGAGGAGGGCGGAUCCUGUAGGGGAGAUUAAUUCACCGUGGGAAAAUAUUCUUGAAUCAUGAUUGCGUGAAGCCCUUCAUCAUUCUUGCCAAAGGGGAGAGAUGACACAACCGAUGCUUUUGCGGCGGAAACCACCAAAGCCUUGCUUAAGGCUCAGUUGCCGUUUGUCAAAGCAUGUAUUCACUUUUUCAUUUCUGCCUUUUAAGAUAUUUCGUAGUGCGAAUGAAUCGUUUGCUCGGCGCUUUUUGCAAACAGUAGGAUUUGGUUGGCUUUUGUCAAAGAAUGGACCACUGAAAGCUUUGUUGUGGCUGGUUAAUAUUUAGGCCGAAUUGUUUGUUA